GUCCCUAAGCUAUGUAUGUGCAGUUCUUGUAUGUGUCAUAUCUCAUAAACAUUCCUCAUAUCCGUUCAAUCACUACCUUCUCUUCUUUGGCAUUAUCUAUCACUGUGUUAUUAUCUAUGAUUUAACAAAAUAUGGCGGCUGUCGUAGCAACAGCCGAUAUGACGAUUCAAAAGAAUUCUCAGAUUUUAGUAAACGUAGAAGAAGCUCUAGCAGAUAUUAUCGUUGUUUCAUAUUGUACGGAAAAUAAAAAGUUUCAAGGUGUGCUUCUGGAUUCCAACAAAGGUAAUUUACCUUUUGGCGUGUAUAAUCUCCACCCAGCAUUUUCUAAACAGACUGCGCCCGCCAAUGAGAGCGAUAAAUUACAUUCCGUUGGUCAAAGGUUCACCUACGAGGACCCCCAAUAUGAAGGCGAAAAUUCGCAGAAAUCUAAAAAGCCUGCGACUAAGGGCAAACACCAGCAAAAGAUGACCGUCCGACUAAGACCCCGGAAGGUCCUGUGUUCUAACUGCCAAGGAAUUUGCAAUGAGAACAAUGAAAACGUAGACGUGUCUAAAAAACGUAAAUUAGAAUCUGAUGACGAUACACCACAUAGCACUGAGUCAUCAAGGACUGAGAAAAAGUAUUUAAUGGGCAGUAUGCUUAUACCCAAGCUGUCCAGGCUGCACCCAAGUGAGAUAAGUAGUGCAGUAAAGGGUGCAACUAAAAUUCCUAACAAGGCUAGUGAAAGACAAAUAAAAAGUGAGAAAACUACAAAUGAAACUGUGACGCAGGAAAUGGCGUUCGUCAGUGUAUCUGACGACAUGGAAGGUGAUAAGGAAGACUUGAAAGACGAAAAUGAUAUUUCCUUUAGUUCUAUGUUUAGUAGUGCAAGAACUCUUAAAAUAUGUUUUGGUGAAGGUGAGGGAACAGUUGUUAAGAUACCACCACUUUCAGGAGAUUUCAAUGAAGAUUCAGGGGUCUCUUGUGAUAUGGCAAAACCCACAAAACCAGAUUCUAAAGCUGCUAAGAAGGCUUUGAAGAAAGCCAAGAAACAAGCAAAAAAGAGUAACACAGUAGAAAAAUGUGAGCAAAGUAUCCAAUCACCUAAACACAUUGGUGCAUUGUCGCCUCACAACAAUGCAUCAAGUCCCACACUAGACCCUCUAGAAAAGAAACAUAAGCACAAAGUAAAACAUAAAAAAAAGUACAAAAGUCAAAAGAAGAGGGAUGAAAACACAAGUAAGUGUCCUGAUAGUGAGACAGUUGACUAUUUUAGUGAUAUUAAAGAGCAUUGUAUGAAACAGAAGCUAUCUAUAAGCUUGCGAAGACUAAGUAGUAAUUCUUAUGAGAAGCAAAGUGAGAAUGAUCCUAUAGAAAGUGGAUCAGAGGACUGGGACAAUGAGUUGGUGCCAGACUUCCCAGCAAACGGUACUGAAGGUGUUGGGGCUAGGAUAUUACGGGUAUCUCCUGGGGAUGUGGUGUGGGGCAAGGUCUUAGGGUUUCCAUGGUGGCCGGGGAGGGUCCUUAGUGUAACACCAUCAUCUAAGGCUCAUGUAGCAUGGUAUGCUUCAACUACAACAUCAUUGAUGCCAUGUGACAGCUUGAGUCCUUUCUUAGAAGAUUAUAAAAUACGUUUCAACAAGAAAAAGCGGGGUCCUUAUAAAGAUGCUGUCAAACAGGCAACAGUAGAAGCAAAGAAAAAUGAAUCUCAUGUCAGCGACCCUCUGGCCAGCCCUACGCACACCCUAGCAACAGUGUCACCGCGACCCAUCGAUGUGUUCUCAUAGAUGUAAGGAGCAUUCGAAUUUAAACAAAUUCAUGUGAUAUUUAUAAUUACUUCAUUCUUCUGCACAAGUAGCCAUGCUGUUGAGUGUUUGUCAUUGUUACACUGAAAAUAAGUUAGUUCUAUUUUUGUUAACUAUAUUGCAUAUAUGUAAUACAGUAUUUUUUUACGUCCAUAUUAAUUUCGUAACUAUUACCGUUAAAUUUUUAUCAAAAUGGGCUACACUUUUUUUGUACUUACUAAUUUCUAGUUGUACCUGUAUAAAUUCUCAUUAAAUGAAUAGUUUUUUUCUUUAAUGCUGGUUGGCUAAGACUAUUAAGACCAAGACCAGAAAAAAAAUGUGAUAUUUUUUAUUCUAUUUUAUUUUCAGUGUACCAAAUGCAUUUUAAUAUAAUAACAUAAUUAAUUUGUUGGUAUCCAUUCGAUAUAUAUUCAGUGAUACCAUCAAAAUAAAGAUGCCACAGACUGCAAAGAAAUGGAUACUAUAAAAUGGUAGGAUGUAAGUUAAAAAUUAAAUGAAUAUAAUAGAUAUUUGGCUGGGUAUUUCAAAGUUUAAUAUGGUUGACUAUCCAUUUACAAGAAAUGGGACGAAUCGAUACAUAAUUUUUAGACAAUGUAAACAUUUUAUAGCUUAAGGAUUUGAGUGUAAAGAUUUAAGAAUUAUUGUAACACUGCCAUAUCUAGCAAAA